AUAUAAAUAUAAUAACAUUUUAAUAACAUUUUAUGGGCACAUCUGGGAGCCUCUGGACGGCCCCUUGUCUAGACUGUUUCUGUCAACGCCCCUGCGAAUAAAGCGAGUGGUGAACCUUCCUUUCUCAUGGCUCACAAGUCUCCACCAAUCAGACAACGACCGAGACGAGCUACAGCUAAUCAGAGACGAGCUUCUGCACUGUGAAAGACGACGAAGCUGAGGAGCCAUAAACUGGGGCUGUUUCCACUUCUCUGCUCCCCCGAACUUUUAGUUUUUGCACGGGACGUACGGUGAGUUUUCUCAGACUUUUUUUGGGAAUAUCUAUACGACUUGUUUUUCUGAGACGAAAGUACUUUUCACGGGAAAGAAAUCUCCACGGAGUGAGGUGGUUUUGGAAGUGGAGGAUGAUGGGGGAGAUUGAGGGUUCAUACCGGGCCCUACAGACCCCCGGCACCAGGCUGGGAACCAAGUUCAAUGCUGGAAUCAGCACUCUGGAGCCAGGCCAGAGCCUCAGUGGAAACAUGGUGGGCGGGAGCAGAAGCCAUACGCGAGGAAAACAGAUUCGAGUGCAGUGGUUGGACGAUUCAGAGGAGUUUUUUGACGUUAAUCCUAAAGCUCUCGGACAGCACCUGCUCUCUGAGGUUUUCCUCAGAGGCAACAUCAUCGAGAGUGAUUAUUUUGGCCUCGAGUUUCAGAACAUGCAGCUGAAUUGGGUUUGGUUGGAGCCAACAAAACUCUUUGUGAAACAAACUAGAAGACCAGAAAACACCCUGUUUAGACUGUCGGUGAAAUUCUUUCCACCUGACCCCGGUCAGCUACAGGAGGAGUACACCAGAUAUUUAUUUUCACUGCAAAUGAAGAGAGAUCUGAUGGAGGGCAGAUUAAUCUGCUCCGAGAACACCGCAGCCCUGCUGGUCUCCCACCUUGUCCAGUCUGAGAUUGGAGAUCACGACGAUGCAGCGGACAGGGACUUUCUGAGAAAGAAAAAACUGCUGCCUUAUCAAGAGAAUGUGCAGGAGAAAAUCAUGGAGUUCCAUCGCAGACAUUUGGGUCAGACUCCAGCUGAAUCUGAUUUUCAAAUUCUGGAGAUUGCUCGUAAACUGGAACUGUAUGGUGUCCGUUUCCACCCAGCAGCAGACCGUGAAGGCACCAAGAUCAACCUCGCUGUUGCCAAUAUGGGCCUUCAGGUUUUUCAGGGCAACACAAAAAUUAACACAUUCAACUGGUCCAAAAUUCGCAAACUGAGCUUCAAAAGAAAAAGGUUCCUCAUCAAGCUCCACUCAGAAGUUCAUGGGCCACAUCAGGACAUUUUGGAAUUCUUAAUGGCCAGUCGGGAUGAGUGUAAAGACUUUUGGAAAAUCUGUGUGGAAUAUCACUCCUUUUUCCGUUUGUUCGAUCAACCUCAACCUAAAUCCAAAGGAAUCCUCUUUACCAGAGGCUCCUCCUUCAGAUACAGUGGGAGAACUCAGAAGCAGCUAUUGGAGUACGCGAAGGAAAACGGAGCGAAAAGAACGCCUUAUCAGAGAAGGAACAGCACAAUAAGGAUGUCAGCUCAUUCUCUAACAACAGAUAUGCAAAAACAGUGCUUGUCCUUCAAUGAGAGCCUCAGGACGCCUCGGUCCCCGUCUUCAGCCACCACGAGCUUCCAACAAGAGCAUUUUCCCAGCGUCCUCUCUGCGACACAUCCUCAACCCGCUCCCAUAGUCUGCUCUUCUCCUCAGCGCCACCAACAGAAGCUGCUGCUGUCGCCGCUUCAGCCCUUUCCUCAAGCCGUCGGAGCACCCGGCCUACUGAAGGAAGAGCCCAUUCAGGCCACUCCUUCGCCACACAACACUUUUCCAGAUGCAUUUCCAGACAGCCCUCAGCUCUCCACCAAGGAUCCCCUGACCCUGUUGCCCCAGUUUCAGCUGUCAAGCCUCAGCUUGCCUGGCCAGCAGCAGUCGCCCCUGCACAGCCCCAUCCUGAGUGAGGUGGGCAGCACUACCAGACUGGAGGAAGACGAGGAGGGCAGGAGGAAGCGAUUUCCCACUGACAAGGCUUACUUCAUCGCCAAAGAGAUUUUGACCACAGAGCGGACAUACCUGAAAGACCUUGAGGUCAUCACAGUGUGGUUCCGCAGUGCUGUGAUCAAAGAAAAUGCCAUGCCCGAGGGCCUCAUGACACUUCUCUUCUCCAACAUUGAUCCCAUCUAUGAGUUCCACAGAGGCUUUCUCAAGGAGCUGGAUCAAAGAUUGGCUCUCUGGGAGGGACGCUCAAACGCUCAUGUGAAAGGGGACUACCAGAGAAUUGGUGACGUGAUGCUAAGGAACAUGUGUGCACUAAAGGCGUUCACAAGCUACCUGCAGAAGCAUGACGAGGUGUUGACAGAGCUAGAGAGAGCCGCCAAGAGACUGAAGACGUUGGAGACAGUCUACAAGGAGUUUGAACUGCAGAAGGUCUGCUACUUGCCCUUAAAUACCUUUCUUCUCAAACCAAUCCAGCGCCUCAUGCACUACAAGCUCAUCCUGGAGAGACUGUGCAAACAUUACUCCCCAGCCCACCGGGAUCACGACGAUUGCAAGGAGGCCCUGAAAGAAGUAGCAGAGAUGGCUACUCAGCUGCAGAAAAGUCUGAUUCGACUGGAAAACUUCCAGAAGCUGACAGAGCUGCAGAGAGACCUUAUUGGGGUCGAAAACCUGUCCGCACCUGGAAGGGAGUUUGUACGAGAGGGUUGCCUUUACAAACUUACCAAGAAAGGUCUGCAACAAAGGAUGUUUUUUCUGUUCUCAGACAUGCUCCUGUACACUAGCAAAGGCGUGACAGCGACCAACCAGUUCAAAGUGCACGGACAGCUGCCUCUUCAUGGCAUGAUAGUUGAAGAAAGUGACAAUGAGUGGUCUGUCCCUCACUGCUUCACCAUCUACUCUGCACAGAGAACCAUUGUUGUGGCUGCCAGCUCUAAAGUAGAGAUGGGAAAAUGGAUUGAGGAUCUGAACCUGGCUAUUGACAUGGCAAAAAAGUCAGAGAAGUCCAGCAUCUCUCUCCACCCUGGAGUUGGCGAUCACUCAAACCGGUCAUCUGACGAGGUCUCUCUGGAGCAGGAGUCGGAGGACGACAUUAACUCCUCCCGAACGUCAUUGGAUAAACAGACGCACCAUCGUGCAAAUAAAACCAUGCAUGUUUGUUGGCAUCGCAACACCAGCGUGUCUAUGUCUGAUCACAGCCUGGCUGUGGAGAACCAGCUCUCUGGGUACCUCCUGAGGAAGUUCAAGAACAGCAAUGGCUGGCAGAAACUCUGGGUCGUCUUCACCAAUUUCUGCCUGUUCUUCUACAAGACUCACCAGGAUGACUUUCCCCUGGCUAGUCUCCCCCUGCUGGGCUACUCUGUCAGCACACCUGAGGAGCCCGACCGCAUUCACAAGGAGUACGUCUUUAAGUUGCAGUUCAAGUCCCACGUGUACUUCUUUCGAGCAGAGAGCGAGUACACCUUUGAAAGAUGGAUGGAGGUUAUAAAGAGCGCAGCCAGCACCGCCGGCCGGUUCAGCCUUGUUACUCCAAACGGAGGCGCUCUGGAGAUGAACGGAAAAUGACGGAAGCGCUGUUUCUGUGAAACACGUUACUGGCUGAGGCUGAGCCUCUGUGACAUCACAGGAAGUCAUUUGAGUCCUUUCAUUUUUUCAAAUUACCAGCAAAAUACAAACAAGUGACGUUAGCUAAUAAAGACUGGACGAUGCUGCUCUAACUUAUACCUUCUUUGCUUUCAUGAAGGUCCGUGCGUUUGUUAUCUCGAUUGAGAGUAUAUACUGUAACUGAUAACUUCGGCUGGACUCGUGCUUAUGUAGCUCUAUAAUACUGCAAUAAGUGUUACAAGGGGACCAAACAACACAUUCGUUUUUAGGUACUCUUUCGAAGGAUUCUGCCAAUGUUUUUUUUUUUUUUUAAAAUGGUGCGU